AUGAAGCUGGCCCUCAACUGCGCCCGCGUCGCGGGCACGGAGAUCCUGGACCGUGCCGCGGCGAAGGGCCUCGCGCGGGUGCUCGACCUGCCCGGCCCGGCGGCGCGCUGCUGGGCCGCCGCGGCCGCGUUCGCGAAGGCGGACGCGAGCGCGCGCGUCGUCGCGCGCGUGGGCUACUUCGCCGCGCAGGACGGUCGGAUCGCGCACUCGCUCGCCGCCGACCGCGUCGCGGCCGAGGUCGAGCGGUGCGCCGAACUCCUGGGGCGGCCGCUCGACGCGGCGCUGCUGCACGGGCCCGAGGAGGUCCCGCGCGACGAGCGGCGGCGCGUCGUCGAGGCGGCGGCCGCGGCGGUGCGCGCCACCGGCGGCGCGCGGGCGGUGGGCGUCUCAAGCCGCGACGCGGGCGCGGUGGAGCACGACUGGUGGGACGCGGCGCUCGACGGGCCGCUGCGCCUGCCGACGACGCCGGCGGACGCGGCGGCGCUCCGCGCGAGCCAGGCCGCGCUCGCCGCGCGCGGCGUCGAGCUCCUGGGCUGCGCGCCGCUCCGGAACCUGGCGACGGGCGGCGUUUUCGCGUCGCCGGCCGCGGGCGCGGCGGACCUCGCGGGCUACGUCCCGGCGUCGCAGCGGGCGCUGGCGCACUUCGAGGCGCCCGCCGGCGCCGACGCCGACGUCGUCGAGGGCUGCGCCUGGGUCCGGCAGCUCGUCGGCGACCUGAACGCGUCGCUGGCGCAGUUCGACUCGUUCGAGCGGUGGGAGCACGAGAUCGCGACGCAGCUCGUGCCGCUCCUCCACGCCAAGUUCGAGGCCCUCGACGAGGCCUCGGCCGACGUGCUCCAGGGCUACUUCGAGGCCUACGGCCGGGCCGUCCGCGCGAACGCGGACCUGGCCGCGCGCGACGCGGCCGCGCGCUGCGCGGCGGCCGCGGCGCCGCUCCGCGACGGCGAGCGCCUGGAGGCGUGGGCCCUCCGCGACGCCCUGGCCCGGCCGCUCGCGCGGGUGUCGGUGGGCGUGCGGUCGGUCGAGGACGUCGACGGCCUCGCGCGGGCGCUCGAGGCGCGCGAGGCCCCGGCGCCGCCGGAGGCGACAGAGCCACCGGAGCUGGCGCCACCGGAAGCGACGUGCGCGAGUGCCCAGCGCGCGCUGGAAGCCGGGGGCGCCCGGUACCUCGACUGCCGCAGCGAGAUGGAGUUCGUCGCCGAGGACGUGGUGGAGGGCUCGGUCAACAUUCCCUUCCCUCACAACGGCGACCGCGAGCCCGUCUCGCCCGCGGACUUCCUCGAGGACGUCGAACUCGAGUUCCGACGGGGCGAGGAGAUCUACGUCGGGUGCCGGUCGGGCAAUCGCUCCGCCUCGGCCGUAGCGGUGCUGCGCGCCGCGGGAUUUGCGCGCGCCGUCAACGUGACCGGAGGCAUCCACGCGUGGCGCGCAGCGGGUCUCCCGCUCGUACCGUACGCGGGGUGA